GUGUUUUCGUGGUUUUAGUGCGUUCUGGCCGUUCUGGCACUUCUGGUAAUUCUGGUAUGUGCGGUGCGAGAGAGAUAGUGCGUGUGAGAGCAUAUGGUGUAUUGGUUAAGGAGCACUCUUUUCAUUAUACAAAGUACAGUGGAAUAAAAAUGACCUACGUGAAAUCAUGGGAAGAAUUUGAGAAAGCAGCAGAAAGGUUAUAUUUGCAAGAUCCUAUGAAGGUGCGAUACUCUAUGAAAUAUACCCACAACAAAGGCUGCCUUUCCUUGAAGUUAACAGAUGAUGUUGAUUGUCUUCAGUAUAAAACUGAAAUUGUUCAAGAUUUGAAGAAAGUUGAGAAGUUCAUAAAUAACCUUAUGCGUCACAUGGCUUCCAAAGAACAGUGAUUUUCCUGUGAUCUCUGUUAUGGUGUUAUACUCAUGAUGAUACAAAGGAACACUGGAACAUUUCAUCAUGUCUAGGAUAUGGUGUACAAGAACUGCUUUAUAUAAACAACUUAUGGAAAGGCUGUUGCACCUAUGUAAAAUAAACAUAUUCUUUGUA